AGUUUUGGGUAUCAAACUCCCACUUGACUAUCAAACUAAACGAAACAUUGAACACAAACACCCACAAAAAUGACCCUUAACCAUGUCCAAAAGUCCAUCUUUCCUCUUAUUUUUACUUACAUUCGCCACACUCCUCUCUUUGCCUUAACCAUUUUGUCCUUCUCCUUCCUCUUUUCCCCACUUCAUUCUUCAAAUCACAAAACAAUACACCCGCUAUUUCUUCUUUUUCUUUUUUAACCCAUCAUUAUCAUCAAAAAAACCUAACAAAAAUGGGAUCAAUUCCUGUUAAUAAGAUAAUCCCAUCAAUAAUCUUACCUAAAAGGAGUAGAAGAUCAUCAAAUUGUAUGAUUAGAUGUGAGCAGCAAUCAGCAAAAGCUGUCUCUCCUGCAGCAGAAAGUGUGUCUGUUUCAGCAUCUCCUGGUGUUGAAGCAGCUAGAUUGGAGCCGAGAGUGGAAGAAAGAGAUGGGUAUUGGGUUUUAAAAGAGAAGUUUAGAGAUGGGAUUAAUCCUGCCGAGAAAGUUAAGAUUGAAGAAGAUCCGAUGAAAUUGUUUGUUGAAAAUGGUAUUUCUGAAAUUGCUGAUUUGUCUAUGGAAGAAAUUGAUAAAUCUAAGCAUUUUAAGGAUGAUGUUGAUGUUAGACUUAAGUGGCUUGGACUCUUUCACCGUCGCAAACAUCAAUAUGGGAGAUUCAUGAUGAGGCUGAAGCUUCCAAAUGGGGUAACAACAAGUGAACAGACGCGAUACCUUGCUAGCGUUAUCAAGAGGUACGGUAAAGAUGGGUGCGCAGACGUGACCACAAGGCAAAACUGGCAAAUUAGAGGAGUUGUACUUCCUGAUAUACCGGAAAUCAUGAAGGGGUUGGAAGCUGUUGGGCUUAACAGCCUCCAGAGCGGGAUGGACAAUGUAAGAAACCCUGUCGGAAAUCCUCUUGCAGGAAUCGACCCACUUGAGAUAGUCGACACUCGCCCUUUUACAAACUUAAUUUCACAAUAUGUCACUGCUAAUUCGCAAGGAAACCUUUCUAUUUCCAAUCUUCCUAGAAAGUGGAAUCCUUGUGUGAUUGGCUCCCAUGAUCUUUACGAGCAUCCUCACAUCAAUGAUCUUGCGUACAUGCCUGCUACAAAGAACGGAAAAUUUGGGUUCAAUUUGUUGGUUGGUGGAUUCUUUAGCAUCAAACGAUGUGAAGAGGCAAUCCCGCUAGAUGCUUGGGUCUCGGCAGAGGAUGUUGUGCCUGUCUGUAAAGCUGUGCUUGAAGCUUUCAGGGAUCUUGGCUUUAGAGGGAACAGACAAAAGUGCAGGAUGAUGUGGCUUAUCGAUGAGCUUGGUAUAGAAGGAUUCAGGGCAGAAGUGGAGAAGAGAAUGCCAAACCAAGUUUUAGAAAGAGCAUCCUCAGAAGAACUUGUUAAAAAGCAAUGGGAAAGGAGAGAAUACUUGGGUGUUCACCCUCAGAAACAAGAAGGCCUAAGUUUCGUAGGCCUCCACAUUCCUGUAGGUCGUCUGCAGGCCGAUGAGAUGGACGAGUUAGCUCGUUUAGCUGAUUUAUAUGGGUCGGGCGAGCUCCGUCUAACAGUGGAGCAAAACAUAAUCAUCCCAAACGUUGAAAACACUAAAAUAGAAGCACUACUAAACGAGCCUCUAUUAAAAGAUCGAUUUUCCCCGGAGCCACCGAUCUUGAUGAAAAGUCUCGUAGCCUGCACUGGGAACCAAUUUUGCGGCCAAGCCAUCAUCGAGACCAAGGCUAGGGCACUCAAGGUGACCGAGGAGGUACAACGACUAGUGUCGGUGGCGCAACCUGUUAGGAUGCAUUGGACGGGGUGUCCUAAUAGUUGUGGGCAAGUACAAGUAGCUGAUAUCGGUUUCAUGGGCUGCAUGGCUAGGGAUGAGAAUGGUAAGCCUUGUGAAGGAGCUGAUGUGUUUGUAGGAGGACGUAUUGGAAGUGACUCGCAUCUAGGUGAAGUGUACAAGAAAGCGGUUCCAUGUAAAGAUAUAGUACCCGUCGUUGUCGAGAUUUUGAUCAAUCAAUUUGGUGCCGUUCCGCGGGAAAGGGAAGAGGCUGAGCAAUAAGAUUGUUUGGGUGCAUGUCACUAUAAUCUAUUAUGGGCAAUAAUUGUAUUAUUUGUAUUGUGUUUUAAUUUUCAAAUUUGCAUAAAUGAUCCCAAAAUGUCUGGAUAUGUAAUUGGGAGCUCAACAUAGUUUUUUUUGCUUUUUCUUAUUUAGGCAUUGUGAAAUUUCAAUAGCAGACCUAAUUUUAUGUACUGCAGUUGAGUACUUCUA